AUGACAAUAUUAGGAUCAUCAGGUAUGCAGCAGGAUACACCACAUUGUAAAAUUGCCUCUGAUCUCCUUAGUAGUCUUUUUCUUCAUUACAGUAAGAAAUCUGUGAUGACAGUUAGUGUACCAACUGCAAUACGAGCGUUGAGUAGCGGAAGUGACGAGUUAACGCGUAAUACGACAAGCUAUUUAUCACUUGCAGCCAUCCAUAACGCACGCUUAUUAGCACAAUAUUCCAUACAAAUUAUUAUCAACAUUUUAAAUGGCAACUUCCCAUUGGUACGUGUUGUACCGCAGAUAUAUCCAGAAAAUCGUGAACCCUUUCAUGCGCAUCUUCCACAACUCUUAAAACUUUUGCAGCACACGGGUACUGACCCAUCAGAACGUUUGUCAAUUCUACAGUUUGCAUCGAUGGUCGUUAAUGCGAAACCAGACUUAAUCGUUGGUUAUUUGGAUGAACUCGAUCCAUUUUUACAUUUCCCGUCCACUCGUGCCGCAGUACUGCAUAUCUUUUUAUCGCUUGUUUCACUGAAUCGCACUGGUGUGCUUGUGCCACGUUUAUCAGCACUUCGUAGUGCGGCCAGAGGUACGGAAUGCGAUAAUAGCCUUUCGAUGAUGGCCAAAGUUGUGGGUAAUAUUGGCCGGACGGAUCUGGAUACGGCAUAUAUUGCUGUGAAUGAUCUCAUCGCUAUGAGUAAACGACUUUCUGAAUCGUUACCGAUUAUACUCAAAGAAAUUGAAAGUGUGGCAGAAUGCUAUCCAUCCGCAGUGCAAUCACAUCUUCCUUUUAUUCAGUCCCUGCCAGAUGCACGACCAACUACUUCUGCUGUUUGUGCUCGAAUUAGGGGAUUGUGCAGUGAUGAUAUUCGAAUUCGUAACGGUCUUUUGAAUCCGUCGUCAAAUGAAGAAAUAACAGUGAUCAACGUCAUGAAUGGUAGUGCACAAUCACAAGAAUCUGUAGCCUCAAAAAUGUCAUCACCUCGAUUCGACCAUGCACCUAUCAUCUCAAGUGGUAUACGAACAACAGUAAAUAUAAGCGAUUCAGGUGCAGAGCAUUCGGCUCAUGAACUGGACAGAAACACCGAGACAUUAGCAAACGCGUAUAUGUCGAGUCGAAUGCGAUCAUCCUGCUCAUUGACCAAUCAAAAAAGUCGCUCGUAUGCAAGUCUUAAUCCUUAUGGCGGUGAAAAUGUGACAGUUAUAGAGACUGCGGCGGCAACAGCUUCGCGCGAUUCGCCCUUAAUUCUAUCAUCAUCUGCAGCAAGUGCUGCUGCUGCUUCAAGUGGUGUCGUCGUCAAUCAAAAUCGUCGUCUCAUCGACUCAUCACUAUUCGUUCCAAUUUGCCCACCACCGUCGUAUAAUUCUCGUAAAGGCAAUACCCUACCACAAACAUCCCCUUCCUUACUACCAACUGCUGUGCAAAUCGGACGAGACGGUCGUGUACGUCCGUUGGCAAUGCAAACAAGAAGAAAUGCGCCUUUAUGGCUGUUACCAUCCUCAUCGAACGCUACCAAUCUGUCAGCACCACUCGCAUACGAGACUACAUUUCCAGCCAAUUCUGGCCCGAUAACCACAAAACUAGCCUCAGGUUCACGACAUCGCAUGCGAGUGCAUUUUCGCUGUCAGGUGCGUGAUGCGCAUUGCGCUUUUAACGCUGACAAUCUGUUCGUUUUUAAAACACGGGUAGCGCCAAUAUGGCUUCAUCUGAUGUUUCUUCAAUUGGAGGCAUCAAGUCUGGAAUCGACAGGUGAAGUUGUAGCGCAAUCAUCAGAAGCAUUUCAAACGCUUUCUCAUUGCUGGUCCUGUUUACCAACAACACUGACACGAAAUCGACCAUUCGUUACACUUGUAACUUCAGCAUUCCCUGCUUUAAAGGAACAACAACAAAUCUAUAAAGAACUUCAAGAAGCGCAUUACUUCGACUCAUUCUCUUUUAGCACAGUCAGUCAAAAAUGGAGUUGUUUCAGUUGCAGUCACCCGGAAAGAGUUCGAUCAAUAUUACGUUCUGAUUCGCCGCAUUUACCGGUUCUUGAAGGUCAGUUAAAGGAGAAACGUGGUCGUUGGAAAUUCCUGAAACGAUGGCAUACCAAAUAUUUCACACUAUCAAGUGCGGCACUCACCUGUCGAGAUCAUUCAAUUGAUCCAUCGACUGAUAAAAUAAUUUGUCCGUCGAUUGAUCUACGAAAAAUUCGCUCAGUGAAAUCGUUGAGUAAAGGACGAAAAAACCGUAAAUCCCUACCGAAAGCGUUCGAAAUUUUCACCGAUGACGAUAUUUCAUACGUGCUAAAGGCAAAAGAUCAGAGCAAAGCGGAAGAGUGGUUCCAAUGCCUUCAAAUUGCUGUUGCGCAAGCGCAUCGAGAACGGCAAUCAAUUGCGUUAUAG